GCCCUGACCAGGAAUGGAACCACCACCAUCUGGUGUACUGGAGAACACGCCAGCUGAGUGAGCCACACCAGCCAGCGCUACCUGUUUGGUUUUAAUAUCCAUCCAACGCCACCCCUCACUUUUAUGGAAGCUCAAUGAAAGAGGAAACUGAGCUGUAUUUCCAGGCUGCUUGUCAGUCUCCCAGAGGCAGCCAGGCAUCCCCACACCCACACCUGGGACUUGCUCCUUCUGGAAACACCCAGAGCCCGGGCAUCCCCCUCUGCUGCCAGCUCCUACCAGUAUCCCUGGCUCAGUCUCAGAGCACUGCUGCUACUGCUGCUGCUGCUGCUUCCCUAGUCCCUCUGGGGACAGUUUGGGAUCCUGAAACAGCUAUUCUAUUCGGGCUGGAGAGUAAUGGGCUGGGAUCCUUACCCUAGCAGGUGUCAGGCCUGGAGACUUUUUGAUUAAAAGAAAAGGAAGAGUUCAGAGACGAUAGGACCUUGCCUGGUGGAGAAAAGAGAAAAGGCACUCCGAGCUGAAGGAACAGUGUGAGCAAGUACUGAAGGCAUGCAAAUGCCCACCCGCUUUGAAGGGCACACUGUGGUCUGGUGCAGAGAGAGGCUUCCAGUGGAGAGGAGCUCCGCAGGGGCGCAGUGCUGGGCAGGCCUGCAAGAAGAGGGCUGAUUGGAGAGGUCUGAGCUCCCUGAAGGAUCAACAAGGAUCAGUAGUGUCUUAGGUUUAAUCCUGUACCCCUCCCCCCACCACCACCCCCAUCCCCACCUCAGUCUGCCCCUCCUACUCUACCCCUGCCCCCCUUCCCUCAACUCCCAGCCUGGCAGAUCCUGCAGCUGAAUGGACUUCUCUCUGGGCCUACAUUUGGGGCCGAGAAACAAGAAGGCCACCCACCAGCAACCUCCUGCACCCUCUGGGCAUGUCCCACCAGCUGCCUCUCCUUGUCUGUCCUGUCCUCCCUCUGCCUGUGCCUGCCCCUGCCCCGCCUGUCCUCCUCCCACCUGCAGCUGCACUGCCUGUCCCUCUGACGCAGCUCCCUGCCCCUCCUGUCCCAGCCUCCCUGGCCCACCCUGCACCUGCUCCUGCCCUGCCUGUCCUCCCUCAACUUGUCACUAUAGCACUUGUGUCCCAUGCUCUGAUCCUCACUUGACCUACUGCCAUCCCUCACCUUGCCCCAUUUACCCUGGUGCCAAGGGUCGGUCUGCCUGUCCCAGCUGCUGUUUGGCCUAUAGUAAGCACUGUGGCUGUGGCAGAGGGCCUGCCUGGGGGCCUCCAGGCUCCAUGGGCCACUGCAGCUGCUGCUUCAGGGGACAACGCGCCUCUCGCUGGCACUGUCUGAUAGUCUAGGGAUGGGAGGCGGGCUGUUGCCCCCUAAAGAGACUGUCAGUCUUCUGGAGCCCUUCUGUGGCUGCUUCCUCAGGCAGGAGGCAGAAGCUCCGGGUGGAGGAAGAGGGGGCUCCUGGACUCCACACCCAGGAGGUAAAGGCGGCACACUGCUCAGAGCCCCUGGCCUCCCCCUCAGUCCUGGGGGUGAGAACAGGCAUCUGCUUUGAAGUUAGUGUCUGGGCAUGUUCCUGCUGGUUCCAGAAACUCUUCUUCUGCAACGUUUGGAAUGGAAACUGCUCUCAGAGCUUCCUCCAAGGCUUAUAAAGGUAAGCAAGUUAGCCAU